CUGAUAUAGCCCAGAGAUACAGGAUAAGCAAAUAUCCAACCCUCAAAUUGUUUCGUAAUGGGAUGAUGAUGAAGAGAGAAUACAGGGGUCAGCGAUCAGUGAAAGCACUUGCAGAUUACAUCAGACAACAGAAAAGUGACCCCAUUCAGGAAAUUCGGGACUUAGCAGAAAUCACCACCCUUGAUCGAAGCAAAAGAAGUAUCAUUGGAUAUUUUGAGCAAAAGGAUUCAGACAACUAUAGAGUUUUUGAAAGAGUAGCAAAUAUUUUGCAUGAUGACUGUACCUUCCUUUCUGCAUUUGGGGAUGUUUCAAAACCAGAAAGAUAUAGUGGAGACAAUAUAAUCUACAAACCACCAGGGCAUUCUGCUCCAGAUAUGGUGUACUUGGGAACUAUGACAAAUUUUGAUGUGACUUACAAUUGGAUUCAAGAUAAAUGUGUUCCUCUCGUCCGAGAAAUAACGUUUGAAAAUGGAGAGGAAUUGACAGAAGAAGGACUGCCUUUUCUCAUACUCUUCCACAUGAAAGAGGAUACAGAAAGUUUAGAAAUAUUCCAGAAUGAAGUAGCCCGGCAGUUAAUAAGUGAAAAAGGUACAAUAAACUUUUUACAUGCUGAUUGUGACAAAUUUAGACAUCCUCUUUUGCACAUACAGAAGACUCCAGCGGAUUGCCCUGUAAUAGCCAUUGACAGUUUUAGGCAUAUGUAUGUGUUUGGAGACUUCAAGGAUGUAUUAAUUCCUGGAAAACUCAAGCAAUUUGUAUUUGACUUACAUUCUGGAAAACUGCAUAGAGAAUUCCAUCAUGGACCAGACCCAACCGAUAUAGCCCCAGGAGAGCAAGUCCAAGAUGUAGCAAGCAGUCCACCUGAGAGCUCCUUCCAGAAAUUAGCACCCAGCGAAUAUAGGUAUACUUUAUUGAGGGAUCGAGAUGAGCUUUAAAAACUUGAAAAACAAUUUGCAGGCUUUUCAACAGCAGCAUCGAUUUACGUGGUGAAAAUAGUAAACCUAUAUUUUCAUAAUUCUAUGUGUAUUUUUAUUUUGAAUAAACUGAAAGAAGUUUUGGGUUUUUA